GGCGGAGGGUGACAGGGGGUGGAAGGGUAAAAGGCGUAGAAGCAUCGCAUCUCGUGUCCGCGUCGUCCUGCAGUCCUGCCAUUCCCUUCCUUUCAGCGUCGCCUUCUUCCUCCUCGCUCCCCCAUCCGCGGCGGAUUUGAUUCGAUUUCGAUUUCCUUCUCGCCUCGCGUCUGGAGCCAGAUUUCCCCACCGAUCGCCACAGACAGCCAGCGCAAUCAGCUCCCCGAGGCGCAUCCCCCCACAACCCGCGCGCUGACUCGCGGGCAGGCCACGCUCACCGUCACCCUCCCGGCCUUAUUAAUUCCCCUUCCCCAUCCCCGCUUCAAAACCUCCUCCUCCUCCACUCCCAACCCCGCCGCCGCAUUGCUCGAUUCCGAUUUGUUUCCCUCUCGCCCUUGCACAGUUUUGUUCUUUGGUUGGUUUGGUUUGUCUGAGAGGGGAGUUCGAUCGGAGGGAAGGGAAGGGAGGGAGGAGGAAAAUGUGGGCGGCGGAGCGGGUGGUGGGGGAGCGCCGGAUGCGGCAGAUCCAGCGGUUCGCGCGGAACGCCAAGCUCACCGUCGUCUGCCUCCUCCUCACCGUCGUCGUGCUCCGCGGCACCGUCGGCGCCGGCCGCUUCGGCACGCCGCAGCAGGACCUCAUCGAGCUCCGCCAGCGCUUCGUCUCCCACCCGCACCGCGCGCUCGCCGAGCACUACGACGCCAGGUCCAGGUCAUCCUCAUCGUCCACCGGCGCGGCGGGUGGCGGCGGCCGGAACGAUGAGCCCGAUCCGCCGCCGAGGUCGCUCAGGGACCCACCCUAUACGCUGGGCCCCAAGAUCUCCGACUGGGACGAGCAGCGCGCCGCCUGGCACCGCCGCCACCCGGAGACGCCGCCCUUCCUCAACGACGUCAAGCCGCGGGUGCUGCUCGUCACGGGGUCCUCGCCCAAGCCCUGCGAGAACCCCGUCGGCGACCACUACCUCCUCAAGUCCAUCAAGAACAAGAUCGACUACUGCCGCGUCCACGGCAUCGAGAUCUUCUACAACAUGGCGCUGCUCGACGCCGAAAUGGCGGGUUUCUGGGCCAAGCUCCCGCUCAUCCGCGCCCUGCUCCUCGCGCACCCGGAGGUCGAGUUCCUCUGGUGGAUGGACUCCGACGCCAUGUUCACCGACAUGGCAUUCGAGCUGCCGUGGGAGCGCUACGGGCCAUACAACCUCAUCUUGCACGGCUGGGACGAGAUGGUCUACGACGACAAGAAUUGGAUUGGGCUCAACACAGGCAGCUUCUUACUGCGCAACUGCCAGUGGUCGCUUGAUAUGCUCGAUACUUGGGCGCCAAUGGGGCCAAAGGGCCCUGUCCGUAUCGAGGCCGGCAAGGUGCUGACCAAGUUCUUGAAGGAUCGGCCAGUGUUCGAGGCCGAUGAUCAGUCGGCGAUGGUAUACAUCCUCGCCACACAGCGUGAGAAAUGGGGUGAUAAGGUGUACCUUGAGAAUGGGUACUACCUCCAUGGUUACUGGGGGAUCUUGGUCGAUAGGUAUGAGGAAAUGCUCGAGAAUUACAAGCCAGGGCUCGGUGAUCACCGGUGGCCGCUUGUCACUCACUUUGUCGGGUGCAAGCCUUGCGGGAAGUUUGGAGACUACCCCGUUGAGCGUUGCCUCAAGCAGAUGGAUCGUGCAUUCAAUUUUGGGGAUAACCAGAUAUUGCAGAUGUAUGGGUUUACGCACAAGACGCUUGCGAGCAGGAGGGUGAAGAGGAUUAGGAAUGAGACUAGUUACCCGUUAGAGAUGAAGGAUGAGCUUGGGUUGCUCCACCCAGCAUUCAAGGCUGUGAAGACUACUACAUGAUAAUUAGAGUACAAUUCUACUUGUUAUUUUGUUUGUUCGUUCUAGAUCCUCUUGGAUCUAAAUUUAAAGUGUUCUUUUUGUAGAAUUGGGGUGACAAUGGAGUCUGGGUUGGGAUCAUGGGAUGGAUAUCUAUGUUGUAAUGUGAGGUGUUAGGAGAAUGAUGUUAUGUUUAUUUGUUGGCAUAAGUUAUGUCUUACACUCCUAGAAAUUGAGUUAAUGAAGGAAGUUAUUGGUCA